GUUGUUGCUGCUUGGGUUGAGGACAUAGAGCACCGACUGAAGGGAACAGAACACCUGCACCAGGAGAAAAGCGAAGCAUUCUCAACUUGAUUCAAAGGAUUUUUUCUGUUUGAGAAGAACUGCAAGGAAAUUGUAUUGUCUCGCGUGAUCAAUGGCGCACUGGAUAAGCGGAUGAUACUCUGAUUGUCCGCUAAACCAGACCGGUCCGCAGGUGUAUUAGGCCCAAAGGCCACUAAUUCUGGGCUAUAAAUAGUUAAAAGAGUUCUCUCUUUCGCAGAUGCUCUCGUGGCUCGCUUGGAAACACACUGAAUAUUCAAAAGGAUCAGGACGGUCGCAUUUUCCAAUAUGAACUUUUUUAAAGGACAGUUUUUCAUUUUGAUAUUCAUUGCCGCAAACUCGAUAAAAGAACACGAGUGCUCGUUUUCGCGGAAGGCCAAGAAAAGUCAAACGGAGUCGGAAAAUGGAGAAUUACUUUCUUUAAAGAGGAAAUACCAUAAGCUCCUGGAGCUAAGUAAAAGAGGAAUUAAGAGAUUGGUUGAUCUGAAUGAUUAUCAGAGGUUUUAUAACAAUUACCUAAAGAAGAUUUUGCGCGUUCGUGUUCCUGGCACUGUUGGUCACAGAGAAGUAAAACAGUUUAUUAUAAAGACAAUGAAAGAUCUAGACUGGGAUGUUAAGGUGGAUGAAUUUGAAAGUCAAACACCUUUAGGAGAACGCAAAUUCACAAACGUCAUAGCAACCCUGGACCCCAAUGCAGAUAGGCGCUUGGUUUUGGCAUGUCACUACGACUCCAAACUAAUGGAACCUGUCAAUGGCAAAUACUUCAAAGGUGCUACAGAUUCUGCUGUUCCUUGUGCAAUGAUGCUGGAUAUAGCAAACACAUUGCACCAAAAACUCAAGAAGAGAUCCACAGGCAGCAAUGUAACUCUACAGCUGUUUUUCCUUGACGGCGAAGAAGCGUUUGUUGAAUGGACGGAUCAAGAUUCUAUAUACGGAGCUAGGCAUCUUGCAGAUGUGCUUGCUCGGAAACCACACCAUAACGAAAAAUACAGAUCUAAUCACUCAAUGCUUGAUUCAAUCGAUGUGUUUGUUUUACUGGAUCUCAUCGGUGCACCGAAUCCCCAGUUCUUGGAUUUGUUUGAGGACACUUCAAAGUGGUACAGAGAGUUGCAAGUAAUUGAGCAAAAACUUGCUUCAACCAACCAGCUUGAGAAAUACCUCUAUCAAAAUCCUUAUUUCCCUGGAAAGCCAAGAAUGCCCUUGUACAUCGAAGACGAUCAUUUACCAUUCUUAAGAAAAGGUGUUCCGAUUUUGCACAUGAUAAGUGUUCCAUUCCCAACUGUAUGGCACAAAAUGACAGAUGAUGAAGCUGUUCUGGACCAAGCAUCAAUCGAAAAUCUUCUCAAGAUUCUUAGAAUCUUCGUUGCACAGUACCUGCACUUAAAGUAAGAAAAUGAUAUAUGUUGUACCAGCAGAAACUUAAAUUUGGAAGUAUAGAUAGUUAUGUAGUUCUGUUGAAGUUCCCAUCUACCGAAGAAUGAUUGAACUAUUGCCUUGAAACUGUUACUAACUAAGUGUUGUUGAAACUAAGUGUUAUUAGUUUUGAUUUUCCCACCUAGCUCUUUUAAGGCUGUUAUUAUUUGCUUGUUAGCUGCAGUUUCGCAGUUUCCCAGACGUUAUAAUCCAGGGUUCUCGAAGCUUUCUACAGACGGAUCAAAGUUUCUUGUACCUAAAAUUACAGAUAGUAUGAUAUUAUGGUCCUUUGACUCUCAGGACGAAAUUUUUGUUAACAUAGCUAAAAUGUCCAUACCAACAUUUUGUAUCUUAAACUGCUUUAUUCCUUAACGGUGCUGCGUUUAAACUACCUGCCCAUGUAGUGGUCAGUUACAGUUUGUGCAUCGAAUAUACGAAGUCGUUGUGCAGAAUUUAGUCUCAGCCUACUUACCUUUGGUUAUGCUUGUCAUGACUUUGCAAGGUAAAAAUAUUCGAUGUCAGGUUGAGGUUCGACUCUGCGUUCUGGUUUCUGUACCUUGCCAUCAGCCUUUUUUGAUUCUGUGAUAGAUGGGAAUUUUAGUGAUAUUUUAUAUAUCGGGGUUCUGUCAAUCGAUAUUCUCAUUUUCAGAAAAAUUAUGGAAAAUUUAUGGUUUUGUUGUAAAGCAACCUCUAUAUUAACAAAUUUAUGCCAUGGACGGUGUAUUUUAAUGUAGAAAAAACAUUCAUUGUGCCCCUAUUACUAUAAACUCUACGAGUAGUCUAUCCGACAAAGUCUAUUUUAAGAAUAUCUGAUUUUCUAAUACCUUUUCUGUUUUGCAACGCAGUAUGUAUGAAGACACUGCCGUCUAUUUCUCCACAACAUUCAAUAAAUAAAAUUCAGCCACCCUGAUACCUAAUCAAGGUAUGCUCACCGUGAACAUGCCAUUAAUAAAGCUCCAAAAAGUGAGAGAGAUUGGCUAGAAAUAACAAAAAGCACCCAAAAUUAGAAUUCUUAUCUAAAAUUUUUAAGAGGCAUUUAGACCUUUGGCGACAUAGUGUUCAGAUUAUCUCAUAGUACGACUCAUUAUGAUCCCUUCAGCACCAUAUCGAUAUCUAUGGCCACAUAGAGCCUUUUUCAAUUGAUUAGAAAUUCCCCUAACUCAUUUCUUGCGUCUCUCUUACACCUUUAGUGCUUUCUUCUCAGAUAAACUUUAAAGCCGAGCGUAUUCAAUGUGCUGUGUUGCAUUUUAGUGUAGCUAAUUUUAACUUUUCAGAUGAUUGGGGGUUUUUAGUAUCAGAGUAAAUUGAAGAUAGUAUCACAGAUAAACCUGCGAAAAUAAUAGUAUUAGUGUAUUCAGGCUUUAAAAUGUUGUUAAGCACAAUGUAUAUUGACUAUACGUUGCGAAUUAGUUUAUUUUAGAAAUAUCGGGGUUUAUUUUUAAAGAAAUAUCGUAUUUACUGGCUAUAUCCAGGAUCACCGGAUUAUGUCAACAUCAGUGAAAACCGAAAAAGA